AUGUUAUAUAGUUACUUCCUCAAGAAGAAAAAUAAAAAACAGUAACAACAUCCCUAUUGAAGGUGUGUAAAGAAUGUUUGCCCUCUGUGCUGCAGUUUUAAGGAGAGAGAAACCCUGCCAGAAAUUAGGAUUAGAGCUGGUAGUGAGCUAGGAUAUCUCCAGUGGUGGGGGACAGCUAGAAUAUGGGAUUUUGCAAAUGCUGAGAGAUUCUAAAGACUGAAACAUCAAGGUGUUGUCCUCAGAGUCCGGAAGGAGGAAAUGCAGCAAGCCCUACCCUUUUACCUUUGCUAUGAAAUUUUUAUAGCACAAAUACUGAGACUGAAGUGAAACAACCUUUCCAUUUGGAGCAAAAACCCUUCAAGGACACUUCAGGACAGGAUCAUGAUAGUUGUACCCUCUCGUCUGGUGGUGUGGCUGCUUCAGCUCACAAUGCUACAAGGUGCUGUUAGCUCCCAAGCAGACUGUGGGCAGCCAGUGAUCAAUCCACGAAUUGUUGGAGGGGAAUCAGCUCCUGAUGGCGCAUGGCCGUGGCAGGUCAGCAUCUAUGAAGACAGCGGGCAUGUAUGUGGGGGCUCCCUCAUCGCCAGUCAGUGGGUGCUCUCCGCUGCUCACUGCUUUCAAAAAGAAAAUGAAAAGGAAUUGCUGCUGGGUGCAUAUCAGCUCUCAAACCCCUCACCCAACAUGAAGAUGCUACAGAUACAACAGGUUAUCCCCCACCCGGACUACAAGGGCUAUGAUGGCUCUAUGGGCGACAUCGCUUUAGUGAAGCUGGCCUCCCCAGUGAAUUUCACAGACUACAUUCUUCCUAUCUGUCUGCCAGAUGCCUCUACCCAGUUCCCUUCAGAUUCUUACUGCUGGGUCACUGGGUGGGGAAAAAUUAAUGAAAACGAUGUCUUGCAGUCUCCAAAGACUCUUCAAGAACUGCAGGUGCCCCUCAUAGGCCGAGACACAUGCAAUAAUCUCUUUAACAUGGACCCAAGUGACGACAUAGGCACAGAUCCUAUCAAGUCAGAUAUGAUCUGUGCUGGUUACCCAGAUGGUGGAAAGGAUGCCUGCUUUGGUGACUCUGGUGGACCUCUGGCUUGCAAACUCAGUGGGAUUUGGAACCUGGCUGGGGUUGUGAGUUGGGGAGAUGGCUGUGCCAAGAGCAACCGUGCUGGUGUCUACACGUCGGUGCCUUACUACGCUGAUUGGAUCCAAGAAACAAUGAAUGAUGGACCAAACAACACCCCUACUAUGACAUUGUUCUUGAUCUCUCUUGCAAUAGGCCUCUUGUGAGAUACCCAACUCUGUGUCUUCAGUCUGUCAGCUAAAUGUAUGGAUUACACUUAAACAUUUCUUCAUUGAAAGAAAAGAAUUCCUGGGAACCUUUUCCCUGCUUUCUUCUGAUAAUUUAGGUUAAUUUACAAUACCCAUUUAAAUAGUUUCAAAGUGAUUUGAUAGUGAUUUCACUAUAGUGACUUACUCCAACCAACCACUCAAAAAUAAAUGACUGACACAGAGUGUAUGUUGGAGUUCAAUGCAAGAACAAAGACACUGGCUUAUGAGAAACAACAUAAGUGUGCUUUAUUAUUGGAAAUCUAUCCAAUAAUAGUAUGCUGGGGGGGAGAUGGUGGAAGAAAAUUGGCUGCAGAAAUGAUGACAUCCCUCAAGGUCCUUUCACAUUACACAGUUACAUCACUGUGCUUCUACCUUAACUACUGUGACAACUUCCAGUGGAAUCUUUGGGUUUGCAGUUUAGUGCUGGGUAUUACAAAUCACAGCAAGAGAGCUGAAUCGAUAAACAGGAGGAAAAGGACCAGGUUGCCUUAAAUAUCUAACUCUAUCACAACUGUCCUGAUAAGCUUUCUUGGUUGUGUAAAGUAUGGUGGCUCUGUUCAAAAUGGCAACACUUCCUUUAAAGAUUAUCUGAACAAUGUAUGCUGCAGCCCUCCAGAAUGACUCAAAAUGUCCAUGUGCAGAUGUCUAAAUCCCAAUAUGCAUCAACUUUGUUUCAAAUAAUCCUAGGGCCUCUAAUGUAUAGUUUGAUUCCAAACCUUUUAAAGUUUCACUCAGCUUGAAGUCUUUCAUGGCUGAGGCUUGUUUACAACUAUUUUCUUUGUGCUUUUAAAAAAUGGGAUUCUGUAUGGUAUAAUAAUGUCAGUGUUGGACUUGGACUUUGGAAAGUCCAACACAUUCCUGCUCAGCCAUGGAAACCCAUUCAGUGAUCUUGAACAAGUAGGAAAUGGCAAGCCUGAUCUAGAUAAAUCUUAUCAAGAAAUGCCUAAGAUGGAUUCACUCAUGUUGGUUUUGUAAAUUCAUUUCGGUUAUUAUUUCUAGUGAUUUUAAAGAUUGUUAUUUGUUAUAUUGUUCAAAAUUUAAUCUUUGUUUAUUAUUGUUUUGUGACCUUUCAUUAUUUGUUUUAGAUAUAUUUUUGUUGUUUUCCAAAACAAAUGGGAAGUAAUGCAGCUCUUUAGUGACCUUACUUAUUUGAAGAAAGAGAUAAGUGAAUAGCACAAAAUCCAUGCCAAAAUGUCUUUGAAGAUUAAAAAAAAAAAUAAGAGGAACAUUUGACUUGGGAUAUCAAUAAAGUGAUUUCAUUCUCA